UUAGAAGAAAAACCCACGACCUAGUUUUUGAUUGGCCUAUUUUAUAGGACCCAUUGUUACAAGUGUAUUUAUUCGAUUUGGGUAUCGGCUUCGCCCUAUCUCGACGAUCAAGAAGUCGGCGUUCGAGAGAGGAGGAAGGAGAAAGAGAUCAUCCUUGCGGUGUGAGGAUGUCGUACCUUCUGCCGCAUCUCCACUCCGGUUGGGCGGUGGAUCAGGCGAUCCUGGCGGAGGAGGAGCGCCUCGUCGUCAUCCGCUUCGGACACGACUGGGACGAGACUUGUAUGCAGAUGGAUGAAGUUUUGAGUUCUGUUGCAGAGACUAUUAAAAACUUUGCGGUGAUCUACUUGGUCGAUAUCACGGAGGUGCCUGACUUCAACACCAUGUAUGAGCUUUAUGAUCCUUCAACCGUGAUGUUCUUCUUCAGGAACAAACAUAUCAUGAUUGAUCUUGGUACUGGUAACAACAACAAGAUCAAUUGGGCAAUGAAGGAUAAGCAAGAAUUCAUCGAUAUCAUUGAGACUGUGUAUCGGGGAGCGAGGAAGGGCCGCGGUCUGGUGAUUGCUCCAAAAGACUACUCCACCAAGUAUCGUUACUAAUGGAUUUGCAAUGAAUCGUAGCUUUUAACUAUUACUAUACGUUUCUAAGUUGUGAUGAGAAUAAAAGAACAUCGAUCUUGUAUGAUUCAGAAGAUUAGGAGACUUAUUGUACUAAAACUAAAAUUAUGAUUCAAGUAUUUCCUUUUAAACAAAGAAAUUGUGUGGAUAUGUUCAUCUUAA